GGGUAGUAAAGGUUGGGGCGGCGCGGGGCUGCGAGCGGCGGCCGGAGCGCGGAGCGGGGAAAGGCGGCCCCGCCAUGGUGGCCCCGGAGGGGCUGCGGGAGAUGGAGGGCAGCGCGCUGCGGCGUCUGGUGGGACGGGAGGAGGCGAGCGGCGGGCGCUGCCUGCUGCUGGACUGCCGGCCCUUCCUGGCGCACAGCGCCGGCCACAUCCGCGGGGCUCUCAACGUGCGCUGCAACACCAUCGUCAGGCGGCGGGCCAAGGGGGCCGUCAGCCUGGAGCAGAUCCUGCCGGCCGAGGGCGAGGUGCGGGCGCGGCUGCGCGCCGGGCUCUACACCGCCGUGGUGCUGUACGACGAGCGCAGCCCACGCGCGGAGGCCCUGCGGGACGACAGCACCGUGGCCCUCGUGCUGCGCGCGCUCCGGCGCGACAUGGCGCGCGCCGACAUCCGGCUGCUGGCAGGAGGUUACGAGCGUUUUGCCUCAGAGUAUCCUGAAUUCUGCGCUAAAACCAAGACCCUGAGCAGCGUUUCGCCCCCCAGCAGCACUGAGUCCCUGGAUUUGGGCUUCAGUUCAUGUGGGACACCCCUUCAUGACCAGGGUGGCCCUGUGGAAAUCCUUCCCUUUCUCUACCUUGGCAGCGCCUACCAUGCGGCACGGCGGGACAUGCUGGAUGCACUGGGCAUCACAGCCCUGCUGAACGUUUCAUCCGACUGCCCCAACCACUUUGAGGGGCACUACCAGUAUAAGUGCAUCCCCGUGGAAGACAACCACAAAGCUGACAUAAGCUCCUGGUUCAUGGAGGCAAUUGAGUACAUUGACUCGGUGAAAGAGUGCUGUGGCCGAGUCCUUGUCCACUGCCAGGCCGGCAUCUCCCGCUCAGCCACCAUCUGCCUGGCCUACCUGAUGAUGAAGAAGCGCGUUAAGCUGGAAGAGGCCUUCGAGUUUGUCAAGCAGCGCCGGAGCAUCAUCUCUCCUAACUUCAGCUUCAUGGGGCAGCUGCUGCAGUUCGAAUCGCAGGUCUUGGCCACCUCGUGCGCAGUGGAAGCUGCCAGCCCCUCAGGGACACUGCGGGAGCGGGGCAAGACCACUUCUACCCCUACCUCCCAGUUUGUCUUCAGCUUCCCUGUCUCUGUUGGUGUCCAUGCCACCCCCAGCAGCCUCCCAUACCUGCACAGCCCCAUCACCACGUCACCCAGCUGUUAGCUUGGGGCUAAGGCCAGCCAGGCAGGUAGCACACAGGGGCACAGAGCCCCAGGAUGUUAAGCAAUAGUGCCGGACACUGCCAUUGACCCUGGACUCAAUGUCUUUUUCGUAGAGCAAUUUCUUACCUCAUCUCGUACUUUUUUUUUUUGCUUUUUAUGUUGUGAAAGCCACAAACCUCGAUGUUGUCCAGGCUCUGUUUUAAGGGGGGGGGGGGAAAUAGUGUACUGGGUUUCCUGAAGUGCCUGGUCUGCAUCUCUUCCCAUCUCUACUUUAUUAUCUUGUUUUUCAGGAAGAAAAAAAAAAACAAAAAUCCCCCUCCCCUCCCAUCCUGUUUCUGCCCCCAGUUCAUUUGGGUGUUGACUUGGGUUGAAAAGGGAGUAUAAGAUAUUUCUGUUGCACAGCACUUUCCCCCCUUUGCACAGAGGGACAACUGGUGAGUGCAGUAGGUGCUGCGUACCUGAGCCAGUCACAGUGACCAGCAAUGCUGCAGCAGGGCUUCAGGGUGAUUGCAGGGAGCUUCAGGUCAACUGCUGUGCUGGCAGCUGGGGGACAGCAGCCCCUGGCUGGGAGGCAGCAUGGAUGGAGAGAUGCAAUCCUAAGUGAUGCUUUUGUGUGUGUGUGUGUGUAUGUAUAUAUGUACCUGUGUCUUUAAAUCUCCCCAGUUGCCAUAAAACUUGUGCCAAACCUCCUGUAGUUUAAAGAAGAGAAAGAAGGGGUAAGGACAGCAAUACAGGCUGCUGAUUACUCUUGACCUGUUCCCUCCCUACGAUCCUAUAGCUGCUCUUCCCAAAGAAGCAUGGUAGGACAGGGCUGGACUGUGAUGUGGAGAGAAGCAGUAGGGGAAGAAGAGGUGCAGAGGUGUCCUCCAUUUCACUUUCUGCACUCCAGGACCAGCAUCUGCCACUACCUGGGCUCUGCAGAGCAUUCACCCACCUGCACUGGGCUGCAAGGUCCCACACACCCAGGCACCUGCACUGCAGCCUUAGGCUCAAGCCCAGAAAAUGCUUCAUCCCCAAUCCCUGUGUAGCUUUACCACUCUCCAUCUUCCCAGCCCACACCAAGACAAAAUGCCUGUGUGGCUGAUGUACAUAUGUAUGGUUUUGUUCCUUUUAUUAUUAUUUUUUUUUUUUUUUAGAAAUCAACUUUUUAUUUAUUGCCCGAGGGAGAAAAAUUGUUUGGAAAAAAUAAUAAUAAAACACUUUUCAGCAGUUGUGGCUGAGAUCAGGUUUGUCUGGGGGCCCAGAGAAUCAUAGAAUGGCUUGGGUUGGAAGGAAACUCAAAGCCCACCUAAUUUCAAUCCUCUGCCCUGGGCUGGUUGUCCCCCUUAUCACAUCAGGCUGCCCAGUGCCCCAUCCAACCUGGCUUUGAGCACCACCAGCGAUGGGGCAUCCACAGCCUCUCUCCCCAACAACAGGUGGUGCAAACACUCAGCUUUUACAGAGCAACUGUUAAAAAUGUAUUUAUUGAGUUUUAAACUAUUACAAGUAUUGCAGAUCAGACAUUUAGCCAAGCACAUUUAUAGAUCAAAAUUGGUUGUUACAACAAUGUUACCUAAAGUCCACCAUGUAGAUAGGCUGAGAACCUGCCCAUCAUCUUCUUUUACAGAGAGGGUAAAGGAAGAAAUAAAUAAAUGCUAUCCCAACUCCAGGUGGUCAGCCACCAAGAGAGGAACAAAGGACUAGCUGUGAAGACAAGUUAUAUAAAAGUCUAAAAACUCAACCCCAGGUACAUCGCUGUUUGGGGUGGCAGAGCAAGCAAUCAGAAAUGGAGGUGCACAAGCUCACAGGACUGUGGCACAGAAAUCCCCACUUCGAUUUCCAAAGCUGAAGCAAGUUCCGCAGAUGUUAAGAAGAAACAGUGCCAAAAUUACCUUGUAAUACAGUUACUCUAAUCAAACUACAUUAGUCAUCAGCACAACGGAACCAACACUAAAAAUUGCCACCAAUAGGCUCAGUAUGACAGAACUAGAUAGAUCAAAACCAGUCUGCUAAUACAGCCUGAUGGGCGCAUGCGUUCAUUUCACCGCAACGCAUGGGCUCCUCUUGCUCCCUGCUGACUCACUCACCUUCCUACAGCAGUGCUCACAAGCACUGCCCUGACCCCCACAGGUUGCAGGCAAUGAGCUCUCCCCUGUACCCAAAGCACCUCUGACCAUCAGCAGGUUCCAGUCCAUAGGUUCCCACAUCAGUUGGUACCCAGGGCUAAACUGAAUCUGUACUUCCCCGUCCUACCCAGGAGUGUGGCAGCUUAGCUUGAAAUGACUGAAACACACACCAGGCACACAUUCUUUUUGAUAUCAGUUAGAUUUUCUAGGGUCAGGAAGCAUGGGAUUGGUGAAAUUACAUUAAGAAUAAAUUCACACGCUUCCUGACUUUUUGCUUCAGAGAACAAUCACAGUGUUCAUAACUCAUCUGCUUACUUUGAGCUUGGGAACCUUUCUUUUUCCCCAUCUUCGGAAAAGAAAAUUGGUAGAAGAGUUUGCAGGUUAGGAAAUUCCUGCUGCACAACACGGUGGGAUUUCAUCGCAUCACCUGCAAAUGCUCAGAACAGAGGUUAGAAAAAAAUGAUCCUCAUUCUUUGACUACAGAGCAGUAGCGGCUGGAAAACUACCAAACCAGUAGAACAGUCUGCAGCAGUUUUCAUGGAGCUGGGAUCAAAGAUUGGCGGAGAGAAGUAAGGAAGAGAAAGAAGGAUGUACCACGCUGAGAUGCUGUACUCUGGUUUUAAUUCUGACAAGUUUUGCUGACAGCGUUCAGACUGCAAUGCCACCCUGUGUCAUGGAUAUAACCUAAGCCCUGGAGAGCCAGAACCUCCCGGUUCAGACUUGGUGAAGGCUGCUCACUGUCUGCUCACUGAGGCCCUAUCACAGCUGUUUCAAAGCACUCCUCUAAGAGUAAAAGGCACCGGCUCAGGACAACUGCCAUCCCCUCCCCUGCAAGGCACCACAUUAAUCCCACAGGGAACGGCUCGGCCUGGAGCCACUGAGAGGUGCCAGGCUCCCAAACCUGGCUUAGCCCAGCACCUUCCUGCAUCCUCGCUUCUAUCAUGCCUCUAUUGGUGACACAGUGCUGCAUACAAGCAUCCCAUCACCAGGGGACAGCCCUGCUCAGGACGAGGCACCCUGGCAAAUCCACUUUCUGCAACUAGGAGCUCUUACAACUCCCUCAGCUAAAGCAGCAGCAACUCUACUGCAAACCAAACAAUGUCAGCAGCAGCUCAACCACCACCAGCUUUUCCAUAGGUAACAGACACUGAUGGGAAGAUCCUCAUCUUGUUUUCAGCCACAAGAGGACACACACACACACACACACACACCUUCAGCCAGCAGAGGCACAUGCUGGUCUGCACAGCCCACCAGACUGCAGUGUCCCUCUGUGCUGGCCAUGUCACCAACAUGGCAUGAGACCGUUAUGAGACAAAAGCCACUGCAAAAUGAUUUCUUCACACAGCACCUUUACUCUGCACAGAACAUCAGAUACGUAACAUGGGGAGUUUCAAGAUACCGAACACUGUAUUUUCGUACUCCAGAACUUCACAGCUCCUGAAGAAACCCAGAUUUUGUUCCAUUAGCACACAGGAAA